AUGAAGAUUCAUGCAGCUGCUCUGAUACUGGCGUCUGUUGUAUCGGCUCAUUACGUCUUCCCCUCCGUCACUUACAAUGGCAAAACCACAAACGACUGGGAGGUCGUCCGCAAAACUACAAACUUCCAAUCCAACGGACCCAUCACAGACGUGACGAGCUCACAGAUGACAUGCUACCAACUCGCGCCCGGUAACGAGGGGGCCACGGUUCUAGACGUCACAGCUGGCUCGACCAUUGGAUACAACGCCAAAGCGUCCAUCUCCCACCCCGGGCCCAUCAACUUCUACAUGGCCAAGGCGCCCUCCGGAACAAGCAUCACAAACUGGGACGGCUCCGGCAAGAAUUGGUUCAAAAUCUACAGCGACGGGCCCACAGUCACCUCCAGCGGCCUAAUCUGGCCAACGAACGGUUCGGUUUCCCUUCCCACAACUCUUUUUGAAGACAGGCGCUCUAACGUAACUGCUAUUCUCUAUCAAGGCAAGGCAACCGUCAACGUCCAGGUCCCAAAGUGCAUCGAAAACGGCGACUACUUCCUCCGCGUCGAGCACAUCGCCCUCCACAGCGCCAGCAGCGUCGGCGGCGCCCAGCUGUACAUCUCCUGCGCCCAGCUCCGCGUCACGGGCGGCACGGGCACGUAUAAGCCGACUCUCAUGUCGUUCCCGGGCGCGUACAGUCCCAAUGAUCCCGGCUUGGUUGUGAAUAUCUACUACCCUGUGCCUACCAACUACAAAGCUCCUGGGGGUGAUGCUUUGACCUGUUGA